GGGCCGUCCCUGCUGGCAGUGCACCUGCAGCGGCGGAGCCAUGAGCGGCGGGGCCAUGGGCAGCGAGGCGGGCGGCCCGCGGGCGACCGCGCCGGGGCAGCAGCUCCGCGCUCUCUUCUACGUGCUGCCGCCCGGCGAGAGCUCCUUCCGCACGGUGGAGGAGGUGCCCGACUACGUGGAGAAGAGUAUUCCGUUCUUCAUUGCUUUUAUUGGACUGGAGUUUGUUGUCAGCUGGGUUCAGAAGCGUAAGCUGUCAGGUCGGAUCAAUGAUGGCAUAAGUUCUCUUUCUUUAGGUAUCCUGUCUCGACUACCAGAUGUUUUAUUCAGAAGUAUUGACUUAAUUAGUUAUAUCUACGUAUGGAAUAACUACAGACUCUUUGAACUGCCCUGGGACUCGCCAUGGACAUGGUAUUUGACACUCCUGGGAGUGGACUUUGCAUACUACUGCUUUCAUCGCAUAAGCCAUGAGGUUAAUAUACUGUGGGCAGCACACCAAGUACAUCAUAGUUCUGAGGAUUACAACUUAUUCACAGCCUUGAGACAAUCUGUACUGCAGAAAUACACCUCCUGGAUUUUCAACUUGCCCAUGGCUCUCUUCAUUCCACCUUCAGUGUUUGCUGUUCAUCUGCAGUUUAAUCUACUUUACCAGUUUUGGAUACAUACAGAGGUUAUCACCAACCUUGGGCCUCUGGAGUGGAUUCUUAAUACUCCCAGUCAUCACAGAGUUCAUCAUGGUAGAAAUCCUUACUGCAUUGACAAAAAUUAUGGUGGCACACUCAUUAUCUGGGACAGGAUAUUUGGAACAUUUGAGGCAGAAGAUGCAAAAGUUGUAUAUGGCUUAACACAUCCAGUAAAUUCAUUUGAUCCCAUCAUGCUCCAGUUACGUCCCUUGGCUCAUAUUUGGAACAUGUUUUGGGCCACACCUGGAUUCUGCAAUAAGCUUUCUGUCAUAUUCAAAGGGCCAGGCUGGGGACCAGGCAAACCUAGACUUGGCCUUCCUGAGGAAAUCCCAGUGAUCACUGGAAAAGAAGUUCCCUUUAAUCCAAGUGUACCAGCUUAUCUUAAUUGCUAUGCAGUUGUACAUUUUGCUGUAAUAAUGGACUUGUAUACUGAACUUCUUGGUUCCGUGACUAUGUUAUCACAGGGAACUAUCCUCUUGAGAAUUGGCUUUAUCAUUCUGUCCCUGACCUCUUUUGGACUACUUAUGGAAAACAGGCCCAAAGCAGGAAUUUUGGAAAUCAUCCGCUGCUUCAUCUUCGUAGGUGCGUACAAACUUGGCCACUUAAGGAGUCAAUUUUCUUCCUUGGGCUAUGCAUAUGAGGUUAUCUGUCCUUCACAGUAUAAUAGUGUAGAUAACUCAGCAUCUUAUGAGGCUCAUAAACAUAGACCUAUCUCGUCUUGUUUUUCCUCUGCGCUGCAUUCUGGGGAGUCCAAAUUAUGAAGCAGAUGACUUCAUCCAAAGACAAACAUCACUGAAAGAGCAGAUCUAACAUCACUUUAAUUAUGGAAAGAGCACUUUGGAAUAACCUUCUAAGUUCCCUGGAAUUAAUCAACCAUGAAUCUUACUGAAUUGCAAUCAUUUCACUUAUGAUAGGAGAGGUUCGUGAUUUCACAUGAAGGUUUGAAAGAUUCAUUGCGAUGUAUAUUCAUUUUUCUUUGAUUUUUUUAAAAAAUAUUUAAUUUUCCCACAAUUUAAAUAAAAUGUUGUUCACAACAUAUAUUUUUACAUCCAAAGGAUUACAAAGCCUUAGAAACCAGUUAAAACUAAUUGCAUGUUGCAGUGAUUUUGUUAGUAAUCAUACAUGAAAAGUAUUUAUUACAAGAGGAAUAAUUAAAAUCAUAUUUGUUGUAACCUGGUAUAAAGUGACUUAUUGUCUUCCUAUUGAGGCUAAACAUGAACAUAUGUGAAUAUCAGUUUUUCUGUAAUGAUUGAAUUGCACUAGAAUCUCAAUGUCAUGCCCAAUUCGCUGUUCAUAACAUAUAGCUACAUGAGGAUGAGUAGUAGAGGCAAGAAACUGAUUAAAAACAGCAUGAUAAAAUAACUCGAACUAGUAUGAGUUGAAACAUCUUCAAUAAAAUUGGCUGAUGUAUAUGUUGUAUAAUGCAGACUUGCAGUUUAGACUGAAUUAUUUAAGGAGUACACCUGCAGUGGCCAACUUUAUAUACUGAUCAAGCCAGCACUUACACAUGGGUAUCCCAUUGACUAAUGUUACUCACGUGACAAAAUAUUUGCAAGGCUGGGCCCUUAAUUUCUGGUAAUUUCCUGCUGGGGUGAUCUCAGAGGAGAUGCAUGUCUUGUCUUUCAGGAGCUGUUGGAAAGAUGGUUUGUACUAAGAUAGGAAAAUUAAAUACAAAUAGUAAAGGGAGUCUCCAAACAGCAGGACUGGCAAAAAUACUGGAGCUAGGUUGUUUUUCUUUCCUCACGCUCUUCCAACUUUUUAUUUGGCUCCAAGACUUUUAGAAGUGCUUAAAGUAAAGUAGCUAAAAAAUGUAGGCUGUCUUGCGUGCUUCAAACUAGUACUAAUACCUGGAUUAAAAAAUGGGGUUUAAGUUUGGGUUGUGUUGGGUUUUUUCCCAUUCCAUUUUCCUUAAAGAUGUUAGUGACAUACUAACAGACAUCUCAGAUUUAGACAGAUAGCCUACUUUUAAUUAACCCAUAUUUUCAGUCUCUAGCUGUAACAGAUGCCACUGUCUACAUAAUUGGAUGUUUCCAAUAAAUUGUCAGAAACACAAUAAUGUUAUAUGAAUAAAAUUUAUCCAAUGUCUA